GUCGUGUGCACUUGAAAUGACAAAAAUAGCCCUCAGUGUUUUUAACCCAACAACCCGCUUCCUCCCAUCGUCAUCAAUCGAACCUGUGUCGUUCCUUCACCACCAGCACUAGCACGGUAACAGCUACCACCCCCGACUCUCACACCACGUUCCUUCACCACCAACACCAUUACCACCACCGUAACACCACCAGCCCCAACUCCUCUCCACGUCACAGCAAUCAUAAUCAAAACCCUAACCAUAGUUCCAAGAACAAAAGCCCUAACCAGCGAUUCACCACCCGCCAAUACACCAUCAACACCACCGUAACCAGCUAAAUCAUCGCCACUACACAGCCAUACUGCAGCCUAUAAUUGUUUUGCAGAGGAAGAUGAGUAGGGCUGACUACAUUGAGCACAUUUCCGUACUUUUUUGUUUCUCCACUCUCAAUUUCGGCUAACCAUACAAUUAAAGUUCAGGCAGCGUGUAGCUUCCUUCAAUAGAUGAAGCGCAGGAGUUUGACUCAAAGAUUAGUUGUUUAAUGAAGGACAGAAUACCUCAUCUCCGUCGAAGUCCUAGACUAAUUGGACAAAGGCAUCCUCAACUACAGGUUCGUCAAGUUUUGACUAAACAAAAGCGUAAUACUGUGACUGAAAGCGCUAAUAUGAAGAAAACAAGAGGUGUUGAAAACACAAAUCAGGGAACAGAAACAAGUAGUAGCAAUAACUCUCAAGGUAAUGCGGUAGUAUUCAUUCCACGACGAAGUCUUAGAAUUUCAGAACAACUUCAACUUCGAGAAGUGGAUAUCCAGAAAGAAAGAGAUGACCUUCAGGGAACAAGAACAAGUUGCAGUAACAACCCGCAAGGUAAUGCAGUAGUAUCCAUUCACUGUCGAGGAGCAAAUCUACAAAGACGUCAAAAUGCUUAUAAUUCGAUGACUGAAACUGAAACGAAAGCACAUCCAAAAAGACGUCGAGAUGCUAGGAAGAAAACAAGAGACAUUGGCACAGACGGUGAAAGAAGCAAGAAACGUCCACUUGAAGUGGAUGAACUACCGGAGCUUCAUGCUGAAGACAGGGAGAAAAUAGCAAGUGUUGGAACCAACAAUGGCCAAAAAGCAGAAACAAGUAAAGAUCAGUGGUGUGGGAUUUUUACUGGAGCAAUGGAAAUAGAGGAAGAAAACAAGACGAAGAUUGCUUUGGAUGCAAUUGAGAGCAUACAAGACAAGCUUGUAGUGAUUAGAGGCGAAGAAUACCGUGAAUGCUCUGCAGUGGAGCGAAAAUUGGAGAAAAACGCAUGUGAAGAACGCCAAGUGGUUAUUGAGCAGAAAUCUAAUAAAGAUAUGAGACAUCUUUAUCUGGAAAGAGAUGAGAUUUUUAAAGCAAUUCCAAACUUCUGGUUAUUUGCUUUUUUGGGUCAUCACGCACUUGGCGAUCUUUUUGGGGAGGAAGAUCAAAAGAUAUUCAGGUUCGUAAAUUCUAUGGAUGUUGAAGAUGAGGAAGAUGUCGUAUCUGGGUACAGGAUCACAUUAAAGUUCAAUGACAACCCAUACUUCACAAACAGAAGUCUCACAAAGAGAAUCACAUUCUGUAAAGAUGAAACUACCAACUUAAGUGCUGUCGAGAUCGACUUGAAGGAUGGCAUGCAGGCCAUUACUACUGAAUAUUUACACGACAUGCCCGAUCUUGAUACAGGCUUCUUUACUUGGUUUUGUGCUCCUCAAGUUAUUAGAGAACGGUAUCAUGAUGAGGUGUCCGAGCUAAUCAAAAAUGAAUUGUGGCCAAAUGCGCUCAAGUAUUUCGUCAACGGAAAUGAAAGUGGUGAAGAGGAUGAACAACCAAAUAGGCAUCGAGGAACUACGCGAAAAAGGAGUUGAGGAAUGAGACAGCUAGCCUCUAUCUAGUUGGUGUCUUCAGUGCUGCUUUGGGGAUGAUUAGAUGGAGUAUUACUUAAAAAAUCAACAGCACCUAUAUACUCCCUCCGUUAUGAAACCAGCCUAUUGUUUAGGAACGGAGGGAGUAUACGUUAUUAUGUUAUAGAAGUUUGAAAUUAUUUAUAUUAAUCGAGUUAGAUGUAAUAUACUGAAGUUUUAAGAGAAGUGAUUGAUAGAGACUAACUACUGAACUCCUCAGGGCCAGCCUCUUAUUUCCAUUAAUUCAUUGAGGCCUGGUUUUGAUCAACUGCUCAACUGAUAAGGGAGAAGUCUUCACAUCAUGUGAGGUCUGGUUUUGAUUUUCUAAAAACUUUGACUUCCUUUUGUAGGUUCGUUUUGAAUAUUAGUUGAGCAGUUAAUAUAGA